CACCUCAGAGUCACCAGAAGCUGAGAUUUCCUCGUGGUCUGCCAGAGUCAUUUUCAAGGUUUCCCGAGGACAAGUGGUUGGAGAGCGGUCCGUCCAGAGCUUCCCAUCUCCACCAUGAAGCUGUUUACUUGUGUGAUGAUCUACAUUCCCAUCAGCCUCGUCCUCCUGUCCGCUUCCUGGCACACAACUUGCUUAGCAGAAACACACAAUUCCUCAUCCGUGUUUCAUGCUCCUGUCUCAGACGCGGCGAUCAAGGCACAGUGCUCUAGUCUAGAUUUUUGCUCUCAGGCGGCCCAGUGCUGUAAGCAUGGAAUGAAUGAAGACGGUUGGAUUGCAGCAGCUAUUGGCUGGAGUCUCUGGUUUCUCACGCUCAUUUUGUUCUGUGUGGGUAAACUCAGAAAGAUGACACCUGAUGAAUCCAAGUACACACAAGCAUGAAAUUUGGGCCUCUAUAGUCAAGACUACCAAACUCUACCAGUUUCCUAGAUGAAGGGAAGUCUUGAAAUAAGAUUCAUUUUGCUUUUUAAAAGAGGACAGAUGAAGAAAUGUCCAAUUUCAAAAAGGUAUUAGUUCUUUCCCACCUAGUUUCAAAGGGUUACUUGACCCUGAUAGUUUUCUCUUUCUCUGUUGUUAAUAACAGAAUUAUUUCCAUAAACUUUUGUUGAAUUGAGUCAACAGGAAGAAUUUAUGAAAUAGCAAUUGUGUUCCCAGCAUUAUUGACACUCAAAGGAUAACAAAAAAGUAAUAGCCAAUAAUCAAGAGCUAUUCCUCAAUAGACGACUGGUCAAAGGAUAUGAAGAGUUUUUGAAAGAAUUGCAAACCACAAAGUACAUUAACUUCCACUGAGAACAAGAGAAAUGCAAAUUAAAACAACUCUUGAGUUUUCCCCACUCUAAUACAUAUAGAGAACUUGGUCAAAUUUAUAAGAAUAAGGGCAUUUCCCAAUUGAUAAAUGUUCAAAAGAUAUGAAUAAACCAUUUUCAGAUAAAGAAAUUUUAGUCAUGUAUAUGAAAAAUGCUCUAAAUCAUCACUAAUGCUUAGAGAAAUGCACACCAAAACAACUCUGAUGUGUCAUCUCACACCUAUCAGAGUGGCAAAAAUGACAAGAGGGCAGAAUGACAAAUGGUGGGGUGGGGAAUGGGAUACAGGUGGAACUGCAAAUUGAUCCAACCACUUUGGAGAGCAAUUUGGAAUCAUGCCCAGCAAGUUAUAAAACUACAUAUACCCUUAAACCUAGCAAUACUGGGUUUGUUCCUCCAGGAGAUUGGGGGGAAAGGAAAAGGAUCUGCAUGUCUCAAAAUAUUUAUAGCAACUUUCUUUAUGGUGGCAAAGAAUUGGAAAUUGAGGGGAUGUCUAUUAGCUGGGGAGGGGGUGGCUGAAUAAAUUGUGGUAUAUAAUUGUGCCUUAAAAAAGUAUGAGCAGCUGGGGGGCAGCCGGGUAGCUCAGUGGUUUGAGUGUCAGGUCUAGAGACGAGAGGUCCUAGUUUCAAUUCUGCCUCAGA